AUGGCUGCUAACGAGCAGGAUCCAUUGCUCCUGCUGCGGCAAUCUAUCGCAUCGAAACGACCUGCAGUUCCUACAGCUUCAGCCGAUGCCUCUGCCACCGAGGUACCUCUUUCGAAAGCUACCCAUCUGCUCUUCUCUCACCCAGCUCCCGUCUCUGUAUCGCUCUCGACACCGACACGCUUCAUCUCCAGCGACCGCCCUGUCGACCUGCGAUCCAUUUACUUCGCCUGGCUAAACAAGGAUGUUGCGAUUCCCGAGUACAACGCGAGCGCGACCCGCCUAAACGAAGAGCUGGGCAGCCUAGGAACUGUCCAGAACCUUGCCUUCGUCGAACGCUUGGAUUUGUUUACUUGGUUGGAAGGUGCCAGUGAGGAGAGUGAACACAUCAAGCCUCUGGCUGGCGACAAGGAUGGCAAGGAGGGAGCUAGUGCGAGCGCGUCCAAAACUGCUCCGGCAACUGCUGCGAGUCGAGCUGGACGAGGCACUCUGGAUCCUAGAUUGGCAGUCAUCUACAAUGGGGAGCGCAAGAUGGGGGAUCGCAACUCUGUGUUGCGCGGCGUGAAGCACACGGACUUUUCCCAUGUCCGCAAGCUCGCCGUUCCUUUUAUCCAGAAGAAGCCCAACGGCUCGUCGAACAUAAGCGCCAACCCAUCCCUCGCGCUCAACCAGAAGGCCCCGACGCGCCGACCUGACCCUAUCAUACUCCUCUCGCCCUCCGCCUCGUCCCUUCUGCGCCUUUCCAAUAUUCGCUCCUUUCUUGAGGGAGGACGCUAUGUGCAACCCGACGGUAGCGCUGCCGCCAGCAUGCUGCACGUCUCCCGUGUCAUGAAGGACAUCGACCCAUCGCGACCCAUGCGCUUCAUUCUCGUCGAGGGCCCUGAGCAGUUCAAGCCCGAGUACUGGAACCGCGUCGUCGCCGUCUUUACCACCGGUCAGUCGUGGCAGUUCAAGAACUACAAGUGGAGCUCUCCCCCGGAUCUGUUCCGCCGUAUCUUGGGCAUCUUUAUCGGCUGGCGCGGCGAGCAACCGCCAGACAGCGUGAAGGACUGGGGCCAUCGUGUAUUGCAGCUUGGCGUUGACCGUUGGCGCGAUGGAACCGGCGCCCAGGAAGCGGCAAAGUUCCGGGACAAAGAAGCUGCAGAGGCGAUCUGGAGGGCUGUCGAGGUGAACAUGAAGAAUAGAGGAUGGACGAAGACCACUGCGCCGACCCAGCUGUGA